AUGUUCGCAAAAUUUCGAGUUGUUUGGUUGCGAACAGUCCAAUUUAUAAGAGCUUUUCCACGCCGCACUCGACACGGCGCCACACAAUUUAGGUCCGCGGCGAGGUCACUGGAGGCGGAGGCCCGACGGGGGAACCCAGCGCGCUAUAUAAAUAGUGGGCGACGCCACUCUGCAAAGGACCGAUCUCGAGUCGCCAUGUCAGCUCCGGAUGCACCAACAAAGGCCUCCAAGGCUUCCAAGGCCUCCAAGCCAAAGUCUGCGAAGAAGACUCCGUCUCAUCCGACUUACGCCGCCAUGAUCAAGAAGUCAAUCACUGAGCUGAAGGACAGGUCUGGCUCGUCCAAGGCUGCUAUUCUCAAGUACAUUCUGGCCCACUACAAGCUCGGUGACAAUGUUGCCAAGGUGAACAAUCAACUGCGCCUUGCCCUGAAGAGAGCCGUCCUCAGCGGAGAACUGAAGCAAGUCAAGGGAGCCGGUGCUAAUGGAAGCUUCCGACUGGGAGAGAAGAAAUCUGCUGCACCCAAGACCGCCAAAAAGCCAGCUGCCAAGAAGACUGCCACCAAGAAACCAGCCACCGCUAGCCCUAAGAAGCCGAAGACCCCCAAGAAGGCCGCUGCAGCGAAGAAGCCCAAGGCAGAGAAGAAGGCGAAGACUCCGAAGAAGGCUAAGGCUCCCAAGGCCAAGACCGCCAAGAAGCCUGUGGCGGCCAAGGAUGCCGCCAAGCCGAAGACCCCCAAGAAGGCGAAGGCGUCAAAGCCCAAGACGGCGAAGAAGGUCAAAGCAUAA